UAUAGAAUAUAUACACACUAUGCCCGUAUGUAUCGCACCAAGUGUAUAUGCUCAAAUGUAGUCACUGCAGCUACCAGAAAAGGUCAUCUAACAAGCCCGCUCACUGAAGCGUUGGAGCAGCUGAGCUUCAAGGAACUGCUAUUCGCAGCGGAAAGCCUUGCCAAAACACGUGUAGAAGAUCGCAAUCUAUGGAAUAAAAUAUGUGAUAGGCUGCGGCCUGAGAUAAGGUCAACCGACCUAACAUCAGUCCUUCGUGUGGUACAUGCUAUGGCCAAGGUGCCAUAUGCAAAGAUUUCAUUCCUUAUCGCUGUGGAACGGGCACUUCUAGAUAGGCACGUAGAAACUGAUACCAGAACUGUAACACAAUACUUCAUUGACGCAUGCCGGCUGGGCCACGUAGAGACCAAUACGUUCCAGGCAGUAAUACGAGCGCGCAUAAACGCUCUGAAGGAAUUUUCACCAUUCGAUCUAUGUUUCCUUUUACACGUCACUGCCAAGCUGCGCUUAAAGGAUCACGGGAUAAUAGAACCCAUAUCCAUGGAGAUUCUGGGCUCUAAAGAGAAUUAUGAAGCACUAGUUAAGGACGUGGCAUUGGUGGCUAUGGUAAUACGGGCUCUGGCCAUGCUACAGAGCACAAAUACAUUAUUCAACAAGCUUGUAAAGGAGAUUGUGCCACAGCAAAUAGAUGAACUAAGCCCACAGGAGCUCUGUAACGUGAUCUUCGCACUUGUAGUGGCAUUCCAGGAUGUAGAAUAUACUCCACAUGUAGCAAAUCUCUUGCGUGAGCUACUGGACCGUGUUAAAUCGCAGAUGGAUCAACUACUAAACAUCGAGAUAAACCAACUAUGCAUUAGCCUCUAUCACUUGCGUCAGAAAUUAGUGCCAUUCGACGAAAGGUUUGCCAAUAUGCUGGAGGCAAUAACAGUACUUGAUCUGAAAUUCAAACCCAGCACCUCAAAGAUGCAGUAUAAAUUAGCACCGCUGCUAAACCAUCUAAAACUACAACAUCGAGCUGAAGUGCAAAUCGGGCCCUAUGUAAUGGAUUAUGUUAUACCUCGCCUAAAUGUAGCCGUUGAAGUUAAUGGACACUCACACUUCUACCACCAAUCAACACAGUUCCACGCACUCACUAAGCUAAAAUACAGCAUUGUACAGUCACUAGGCUGGCAGGUACUCAGUGUAAACUACUUCGACUGGAAAAAUAAAAACCGCCAGAGUAAACUGGAAUAUCUAGCGGAGCAAUUACAAGCGAUAGUUGAUACAAAUAUGUCAUCCACGUAACGUGUUUUAC